GAGAAGAUAUCACAGAUUCUUAUUGAUGUACACUUUAUUACUCUGAAACUAGGUUUAUUCUCAGUAGUUUCUCCGAUCCUAAUUUGCCAUAAUUGGGUCUCAAGUCUUACAGGCUUGUCUUCAUGAGAUAAUAAUGGACAAGAAAUCUCAUGAGAGAUCUUCCAAGUCACUUUUACCGUUUGAGAUUUAUGAAUAAGUCUUGAUAUUUAUUUUCUGUGUUUACUUGAAGCUUCCAAGAAUUAUUAAUAUCUACUAGAUGCUGUAUCCUCAGCAUCUGGUUUAGCAUACUCAGGAGAUAAUUGUAUAUAGUGUAGAAGAGCGUCUGAUAAUAUAAUAAACACCUUCAGAGAGAGGAUAGAUGAAGAAAAUAUCAGGGUCAAAUAGCCACCUCAUCGCUGCGUAUCAGAAAGAGUAUAACGACCUGUAAGCUUGUUGCUAAAAAUAGCUGGAAGAGGAUAAUUCAAGACUUUGAAGACCGAGAGAACAAAAUAUAGACUUCCUUGUACACAAAGUUGAACAAAAGGAACGAGAAAUUAUGUCUAACAAGCGUGUUCAGGACCUGACCAAGAACCUCUCAGCUGCAAAUAAAGAUGCGAUCAGGCUAAAGAACUCUGAUGAUGCGAAUAAGAAAAGGAUCCAAAAACUGAACCUCAGUAAGAACUUCUUAAGAGAUGAUAUGAACUAUUACAAAUAAGCAAGUGAAGCAGAACCUAAUGGAACAAAAAGUUGUCCAGAACAAAUUCAAUGAAAUAAAUGCUGAAAAUAAGACUCUAAAGGAACAAGUGAGUAAACUACAAACAGCAUUGGAGCAAGCCCAAGAGAGGAAAAGAGAGAUAGAAAAAGAACCUCCAUGUGACUGUAAUGAGUUAUUAGAGUAUUUGAAAAGAGAUUUUAAGCAAGGGAAUGCGGAGGAGAGUGGGAGAAAUAGUGGGAAAACACAAGCAUGAGUUAAGAGCAAAUUUGCCAAGAUAUAUAAGCAGCUCCAUUACCAGAUUAAGAGUCUAAAGAAGGAGCUUCUUAAAUUAAAAAUAGCUAAAAUUUAUAGCAUAGAUAAUCAUGAAACAGCUACUGAUUUGCAGAGCAUAGUCUCUAUGCCAGAGAACUGUAUCCUAAGUAUCCCAGAACGAGUCAUAAGCCAAUCCCCCAGAACUGCAAGGCCAUCAGAAAGGAAAAAGAUUAAGAUAGGUAAAGCUCACCUAAAAGACCCAAUACACCAUAUGAAUAAAUGCAAAGAAAGAUCUAUUAAGGGUACAAAGACCCCUCGACUUGGAAAUUUCUUCAAAGCCUAUCAGAAGCACCAUCUGCAAUCCUAUUCUCCAGUAUUUUCAGAGCGGCUCAACAGGAUGAGAUUUUCAGAAGACGCUUCCAAAUUUACUAACGCUCAAAUAAAAGAACUAUCACGCCAAAAAGAGCUCCAGAGCUGAUUCUCACAUAACGAGUUAGAGAAUUUUCAGAAAAUAAUGGCUGAUCCAUUUGACUGAGUCGAAGCCACUAUAGAUAUCAACCCCAGAGCUAGUUUAGCCUUCAGAACAAGUAGAACUCCUUUAUCCCCAUCUGUCAAGCUCAGAAAGUGCAAAAAACACGUAUUCAGGAUCAAACAGACCUCCCCAAUUCCCAAAACGGACACCUAAAUAAUCUCUCUAAA